UUUUGAAAAUUUAUAGUAAUAGAAUUUAUAAUAGUUUUUAAAAAAGUUUUUCUCUAUUUGAAUUAAUAUAGAUAUAAACUAUUUCAAUUAUAUUAAUCAACAUGUCAGGUCCAUUUCCAUUAACCAGUGAUAAACUUAAAGGUGUUCAAAUUUUAGGUUCUGUACCUCAAGAAGCUAAGCAUAUUUUUAAUGCUGAAGCUUUAGGUUUAGUUGCUACUUUACAUCGUUCAUUCAAUGCUCAUAGAAAACAAUUAUUAGCUAAUAGAAAAGUUGCUCAAAAAGCUAGAGAUGCUGGUGUUUUACCAGAUUUCUUACCUGAAACCGCUUAUAUUAGAAAUGAUGCUACUUGGACUGGUCCACCUUUAGCCAAAGGUUUACAAGAUAGAAGAGUUGAAAUCACAGGUCCAACCGAUAGAAAAAUGGUUAUUAAUGCUUUAAAUUCAAAUGUUGCUACUUAUAUGGCUGAUUUUGAAGAUUCUUUAACUCCAGCUUGGACUAAUUUAGUUGAAGGUCAAGUUAAUUUAUAUGAUGCUGUUAGAAGAAAUCUUGAAUUUGAAACUAAUGGUAAAAAAUAUAAAUUAAAUUUAGAUCCAAAAAGACAUAUUCCAACUUUAAUUGUCAGACCAAGAGGAUGGCAUUUAGAAGAAAAGCAUGUUUUAGUUGAUGGUGAACCAGUUAGUGGAGGUAUUUUUGAUUUUGCCCUUUAUUUCUAUAAUAAUGCUGCUGAAGCUAUUCAACAAGGUUUUGGUCCUUACUUCUAUUUACCAAAAAUGGAACAUCAUUUAGAAGCUAAAUUAUGGAAUGAUAUUUUCAACUAUUCCCAAGAUUAUAUUGGAUUACCAAGAGGUUCCAUUAGAGGUUCAGUUUUAAUUGAAACAUUACCAGCUGCUUUCCAAAUGGAUGAAAUCAUUUAUCAAUUAAGAACACAUAUUGCUGGAUUAAACUGUGGUAGAUGGGAUUAUAUUUUCUCUUAUAUUAAAUCGUUAAGAAAUCACCCUGAAUUUAUUUUACCAGAUAGAUCUCAAGUUACCAUGUCUGCUCCAUUCAUGUCAUCUUAUGUUAAAUUAUUAGUUAAUACCUGUCAUAAAAGACAAGUUCAUGCUUUAGGUGGUAUGGCUGCUCAAAUUCCAAUUAAAGAUGAUAAAGAAAGAAACAGAUUAGCUUUAGAAAAUGUUGCCAAAGAUAAAUUAAGAGAAGUUAAUGCUGGUUGUGAUUCUUGUUGGGUUGCUCAUCCUGCUUUAGUCCCAGUUGUCUUAAAAGUCUUUAAUGAACAUAUGAAAGGUCCAAAUCAAAUCAAUGUUCCACCAAAGGUUCCUUAUACUCCAGUCACUGCUCGUGAUUUAUUAAGUCCAUUUGUUCCAGGAGCUAAGAUUACUGAACAGGGUAUUAGAGCCAAUAUUAUUAUUGGUUUAUCUUAUAUUGAAGCUUGGUUAAGAAAUGUUGGUUGUGUUCCAAUUAAUUAUUUAAUGGAAGAUGCUGCCACUGCUGAAGUUUCAAGAACCCAAAUUUGGCAAUGGGUUACUCAUGGUGCCAAGACUGAUCAAGGUGUAACCAUCACUAAAGAUUAUGUUAAAAGAUUAUUAAACGAAGAAUAUACUAAAUUAGCCAAUGCAGCUAAACCAGGUAAUAAAUUCAAGCGUGCUUUAAGUUACUUUGCUCCCGAAGCUGCCGCUGAAAAGUAUAGUGAUUUCGUUACUACUUUAAUUUACGAUGAAAUCACUACUCUUGGUAGAGCUGUUGCUGCUGAAAAAUUAUAAAUGCAUAUAUCUAACUUUUAAACGAUUCAGAUUCUGGAUAAUCUGAGAAGUUUAACGAUGAUGAUUAAAUUCUAGUGGGGACAUUCACUUGAGUUUGAGUUUUCCUUGCUUUUUUUGCUUUUUCACCCUAUUCUUUUGAGAAUAUACUAUGAUAUGUCAUUAUCUUAAGUGUAUCCUACGUUUCCUUCUCUAUAUAUCGUAUUUAUUUAUUAUAUAAUAUUCAAACAAACAAAUAUAUUAUGAAACUACAAACCCCAU